AUGAAAGAGAGAAAGCCGAACUUCAUACGAGAGAUACGAAUGCUGAUGUACUCUCUUGGAGACACUGUGAAUCCACGCUUAGAUUCUGCCAUGGUGAUACACGACUAUUUGUGCCACUAUUUGACGAACAUUCUGCAGAAGGCAAAGAUCGUGUCAAAGUCUCGAGGGCGAACAAAAACUGACGAUCUUCUGUACACAAUAAAAAGAGACAGAAGGAAGUACACCCGAGCCAAAGAGCUUUUGGUGACAAACGAAGAGCUAAAGAAGGCCCGAAAGCCCUUUGAAUAUGAUGCAAUUGAAAAGGAGUAA